UGGAGCAAAACAACAACAGGAAUUGCGAGCCGAUACCGGGGUUGUAAGAAAUAAGGCCAAAGACCCCACUGCUUUUGAGGUUGUUCAAAAAUAGGAGUUUGGAGCCUCUGGGCUUUCCUCCCAUUCCAAUGGCUUUUGCUGUGUUUUUUUUGAUAGAUGGGCAGUGCAUGGGUUGGUCCUCUUGCAAUUGGAAUUUGCUGCUUGGAAGCUUAUGUUGAGGAAGUGAAAGAAAGGACAGAAUAGAAACUGCGCUUUUGGAGGGUCUCCCAUCCAUCUACUCUUUCCCCAUUUUGGCUGUUUGGUUGGGGGGGAAAUUGGGGAGUGGGUUCCUUGUGGGGGCUGCCCUAGAGUUUGGUGCUGGAGGUCAGCGGCAUUGUUCCCCUGGGUUCUUGGUUUUGUUGGGAUUGUGGCUUGUGGUGCGUUACUGGUGUUUGAGGUUUUGGUAGGGGGAUGGUGGUGGAUUUGGAGCUGGAUCCUGGGGUUUUUAAUGGCGGGUUUAGGUAUGGAACUUCGUUGGGUCGGUGCCCUAGAAUUGGUUCUGAGCUUGGAUUGGUAGCUUGGUGAAGGUUUAUGUGGUUCAGAUGAGGAAGGCCUUGCUUGGAAUGUCGUAAAGUUUGGAUUUUGGGGUGGGUUAGUCCGGGCUUACUGGUUUCCGGCCUUGGUCUCUGGGGUUUUCUUGGGUGAUACAUAACAUUGUCUAUCUUUUGAGCUAAAUACUGGUAAUCUUUCAACCGGUUUUUUGGUUUCUGCUGGUAUUUCCAGGUUGACUUUUUUCAGGGUUUUUUUCAAUAAAAAUUUUGGGUUUGGGUAUGCAGUAGAAGGAUUUUGGUUUUGAAACAGAGUGCCUAUCUUUAAGAGCUUCAGGUCUUGGUGUUGUUGAGGUGAUAUGCUUCUGUGAGAUCUUAUAACUUCGCUGUAGAGACUUGAUGUCCCUAGAUUCAGGUGUCUGUUUAGAGGUUGGUAUCAUGGAUCUGUGGUUCUCCGGGCUCUUAUAACACGCCAGUAGAAGAGACGUGUGCUCUUAGAGAUUCUUAAGGUUCUCUAGGCGCAGCUUUUGUUUUCGAGUGUUACUUAGGCCCUAGCCAGGUUUUUUUUCAGGUUCCUUGCCCUGUUCUUUCUUUCCUUCUUAGGUUGAGUAAUAUGGCCUGUACGAAGCUGGGAUCAAAAACUGAUGCUUUCCAACGGCAAGGACAAGCCUGGUUCUGCACAACUGGGCUUCCUAGUGAUGUUACCGUUGAAGUCGGAGACAUGUCGUUCCAUCUUCACAAGUUCCCUCUGCUGUCCAAGAGCAGUCUUCUGGAGAAAUUAAUCAAGGAGAAAUCUGACGAUGAGGAGGGCUGUGUCAUACAGCUAUAUGAUGUUCCUGGUAGUGCCGAAGCAUUUGAAAUAGUUGCCAAGUUCUGCUACGGCAUGAAGUUAGAACUUACUGCAUCAAAUGUUGUUUACCUACGCUGUGCUGCCGAGCAUCUUCAGAUGACAGAAGAAAUUGCAGAGGGCAACUUGAUCGCUCAGACUGAAACCUUCCUUAACCAAGUAGUACUCCGUAGCUGGAAGGAUUCAUUAAAAGCACUCCAAACAUGCAGUGAUCUUCUCCCACAUGCUGAAAAUCUUCAAAUUGUAAAGAGAUGCAUCGAGUCAUUAGCUGUUAAAGCAUGCACAGAUCCAAAUCUAUUUGGCUGGCCAAUGAUGGAGCAUGGUGUCAUGCAAAGCCCUGGUGGGAGUGUCUUGUGGAAUGGUAUAAGCACAGGAGCCAGGCCUAGACAAUGUAGCUCAGAUUGGUGGUAUGAGGAUGCCUCAUCAUUGAGUCUACCCAUGUAUAAGAGGCUGAUCUCGGUCAUGGAAUCUCGAGGCAUCAGACAAGAGAUGAUUGCUGGAUCAUUGACUUAUUAUGCCAAAAGGUAUCUUCCAGGACUGAAUAGACGUCAUAGUCAGGGAUCUGUAGCUUUGACGGCUGCACCAUCUGAAGAAGAACAGAAAAAUCUGCUCGAAGAGAUCGAUAGCUUGCUGCCUUUUCAGAAGGGUACAACAUCAACUAAAGUUUUGUUGGGGCUUCUUCGCACUGCCAUGAUUCUGCGAGCUAGCCCAUCAUGCAUUUCUAACCUGGAGAAAAGAAUAGGAAUGCAGCUAGACCAGGCCACCUUGGAAGAUCUACUUCUGCCAAACUUCUCGUACUCUAUGGAAACACUUUAUAAUGUAGACUGUGUCCAGAGAAUUCUUGUACACUUCUUAGCCAUGGAUCAGGCAACUGGCGGGGCCUCUUCUGGUUUGGUUGAUGAUGAGCAGCUGAUGGGCUCGCCUUCUUUGACACCAUUAACUACCGUUGCUAAGCUAAUUGAUGGGUACCUGGCGGAGGUUGCACCUGAUAUUAACUUGAAGCUGCCAAAGUUUCAAUCUUUGGCUGCUGCAGUACCUGAUUAUGGCCGACCGCUGGAUGAUGGACUCUAUCGUGCCAUCGACAUAUAUUUAAAGGCACACCCAUGGCUCACGGAGGCGGACAGGGAACAACUCUGCCGGCUGAUGGACUGCCAGAAGCUCUCCCUGGAAGCCUGCACUCAUGCUGCCCAGAACGAGCGACUCCCACUGCGAGUGGUAGUUCAAGUCCUCUUUUUCGAGCAGCUUCAAUUGAGGACCUCAAUUGCAGGUUGCUUGCUUGUCUCUGACAACCUCGACGGGUCGCGUCCCCUAAGGAGCGGCCUUGUAGGCUCAAGCGAGGGUGGUGGGUGGGCAACUGCUGUUAGGGAGAAUGAAGUCUUGAAAGUAGGCAUGGACCACAUGAGGAUGAGGGUAUCCGAGCUUGAGAAAGAGUGCUCAAGCAUGCGCCAAGAGAUUGAGAAGUUGGGCCGGGGGAGGAGCGGGUGGAGCAGUGUCCCGAGGAAGUUUGGAUUUAGGAUGAAGUCCCAGAUGUGCAGUGCUCAGGAGAGUUCCGUCAGCGAACAGCACAAGAAUGGGACCGGGAAGAUUGAGAAGCUGCAGGCGAAGCUUACAAAGCACAAGAAACACUUGCCUGCAGAUAUGUGAACUUUCACAUGACUCCGUUAUUAUUUUGCUGCUCUCAUGUCUUGCAAUAAAACUGCGAAUUCGAAUCCUUUUGGUCUCUUUCUGUUUUCUGUCUGCCUUUUCUUUUAUCUGAGGCUCCCACCCUUUCUCUACUAUGGAAGAUGGGAAUGUCUGGCCCUUGGUUUUCCUUCGUGCUGCUUCUUGUAAGUUGAAAUUGUAAUGCUGGAAUUGCAAAUUGGAGAACAUCUCUUGAAAAAAAUGUUUCAGAGUCCUUGUCAUAUAAAUUACUUCUGCAUUGCCAUUA